CGCAAAACAACACCCCUCAUACAUUUCCGUCCACCUCCGGCCAGCGCCGCUCCCCUCGCCUAAAACCCCACCCAUUCUAGGGUUUCUCGCCGCCUCUUCUGCCCCCUUUCCUCCCCGCCGCUUCCACCACCCUCUCCAGGCUUCCGCAACUCUAUCCAUAUCUACCCCAGCACCUCCCGUGCCCUCCCCACCGAGCCGCCGCGGCCAUGUCGUCGUUCUGGGGCGUGGAGGUGAAGCCUGGGAAGCCCUACACCCUCACACACAGCGACUGCCGCGGCCGCCUGCGCCUUACCCAGGCCACGCUCGGGAGUGAGGUCGGUAAGGGGGAGAAGGGCGCUGACAGGAAGAAGUGUGUGCUACAGUGCAGUGUGAAGAACAGGGACCCCGUGUUCCUUUGCGUCCUGGUCCCGGAGCAGUCGGAGACUUGCCACCUGGAGCUUGAAUUCGAGGAGGAGCACGUCACUUUCUCGGUCAUCGGGCCGAGGAGUGUCCAUCUCGCUGGAUACUAUAUCGUUGAUGAUUAUGGGGAGGAUAUUAGUGACAGCGAUGCUAGGAGUGACUCUCUUCAAGGCUCCGAUGAUGAUGGUUUAUUGGAGACGGAUGAUGAUGAUAACAUGGUAAUGAUCGACCAGAUGUUGACAGACAGUGAAGAUGAUGAUUCAGACUAUGACUCAGAGAGUGAUGAUGAAGAGAUGGCAUACAAUCAGCGUAGAGGCAAAAGUUCAGUUGUUAUUGAGGAAAUUCAAGAGGAUGACAAGGUUGUUGGGGUUGAAGCAAAGAAGGGAUCGAACAAGAAGCAGAGCAGUGAAAAUGGUGAUAAGUCUCAACUUCAGCUUGUUGUCAGGACUCCACCUGCUGAAUCCUUGGAAAGUGAAGAUGAGGAUGGCUUUCCUGUAUCAUUUUCUGAAUCAAAGAAAAGUGGUGAGAGUGUUUCCAAGAAAAAUAGGAAUCUAAACAAGGGAACUAGCAAUGAAGACCGUAAAAGGAAAAGUGGAGUCAUUAGUGAUCGUCCUGACUCUUCAGGGGAGGUAAAGGUUGAAAAUGAUGGGGCAUCAAAGAAAAAGAAAAAGGUUAAGGACAAAAGCACUGUUGUGGACAACGGAAAGGUAAACAAUGAAGAAAAGGAGAUUAAGCAGCAAGAUUCUCCAGCUGAUCCCAUUGUUGCAAAACAGAAGAAAAAGAAAAACAAGAACAGGGGUGCUUCUGAGGUUGAUAACGAUCAGCAAUCUGCUAAGGAAAACCAUAUUCACAAAGAUGGCGAGGAAGUAACUGCUCAGGAGGCUAACAAAAAGAAGAACAAGAAAAAGAAGACACAGGAAGCAAACAAACGUGAAAAUCAGGCACCGACUAGACUUAAGGAGUCAGAGAGCAAGAAAGAGCCACUCCAAACACGGACAUUUGGCAAUGGUAUGAUAAUUGAGGAGGUAGCAAUGGGCAAACCUGAUGGUAAAAAAGCCACCAGUGGGAAGAAGGUUUCUGUUAGAUAUAUUGGCAAGCUAAUGAAUGGCACGAUUUUUGAUUCCAACGUUAGUGGAAGACCGUUUGAGUUUAGACUAGGUGUUGGGCAGGUUAUCAAAGGCUGGGACAUCGGAGUCAGUGGUAUGCGCUUUGGGGAUAAAAGGAGACUCACCAUUCCACCUUCAAUGGGGUACGGUAGCGAAAGAGUGGGCAAGAUACCUCAGAACUCCACUCUCAUCUUUGAUGUGGAGCUAGUGAACGUAAGAUGAAGAGAGGACCAGAUCCCGUGAAGUUCCAUGAGAAACUGAGGCAGUUUCACAAGUUUUGGAGCACACCAUUUUCCUUCUGCAAUGCCUAUUUCAUAGCCAUAGGGACAUGUUAAGUGGAUUCUAUGCCUUAAUUUUUGUAGUUCUGGGUAGCAACAUUUUGGCAUACUUGUGCGUGAUCCUGUCACUGCUGAUUCCUUUUGGAUCAUAUUGACAUUCUUCUUCUGAAUGAAAUAUUAGUCGCACAUUUUUAACUUUA